UCCCCAGGGUGCCACGACCACCCAGUGGCCCCACCCACCUCCCUAUAAAUUAUGAACAAGUCUGGAUUGGUGCUUAUUAAAUAUGAAUUUGUCAAAAACGGGGGUGAAAUCACUUAGAGACACCCUGGGCUAAUGGCAUUGAAGGUGGGCGUUAUUUGGAUGAAUGGGGGCUGUUAUAUGAGAACUACCUGAUGGGGGCGUAGACGUCCAAAAAAAAGAAAACGCCAGUCUUAAAAGUCUUCCAAGUGAGUGAGCAGGGAGAAGACUCCUCUGCUUCGGAAGAGCUCCACGCUGCAGCCUGCGAGUUUAGAACCCACGCGUGUCUCGUCCUCCACCGGCCGCGCCGUGGAGGCUUCUCGCCGACGGAUAGUGCUCUCUGGGCGGCUUCAACAACCACCGAGCUCGAUAUGGGGUGUAGGCUUCCAAAGUUGCGGAAAAACGACGAAACGCAAAGUCCUGGUAACAUCUACUCCACACUGAGAAGACCUCAAGUGGAGACUAAAGUUGGGGUGUCCUACACGUACCACUUCCUGGAUUUUCUCCUGGGGAAAGAAGAGGUGCCGGUGUCAUCCGUGCUGUGCCUGUCUUCCGUCCGGGAACUUCCCAUCCAGGUCAGGGAACUCUACGCUCAGGGUUUUGUCCUGGUCUCCGUCCACCCAUUCGUGCAUCCGUGCGGCCCUCGUCACGCCCAUAUUCAGAGGCAGCUCCACCGGGCCGUGUUGGUGCGGGAAACUCCGAGUUGGGAGAAAAACCAGGACAAGAGAUGGUGGAGACGAGGUUUGGAGACGGACGUGUGCGCGGCGGGUCAGCAGGCGGCUGACCCAGAGGUCAUUCAGAGCUACGUCAAGAGGAUCCAGGAUGUAUCAGAACAAGGCGUGAUGUUUGUGGGCUUCCUCCAACAACCAGGAGGGGCGCCCUUUUUCACCGCCAACUGGGACCAGGAUGAUUUAUCCUCCUUGCACUCUAGCCCCUCCCCCAUACAUCGGCAUCAACCCAGCGCUAAACCCAGUCCGACGGAUCCAUCAGAACUACGCCGUAACGACAGCAUCUCCUCUGAAGCUCCGCAGAUAGAUCACGAAAGCGUAGAAGACACUAAUGUUGACUAUUCACAAACCAACCAAGAAGGUUCUAAUGAGCGACUUCCGAAUUUACCCAGAGGGGAGCCUGAAGCAGCAAACCGGCGUGAAAGUCAGCAGCGUAGCCUGCCAGAACUUAGAGAAUCCCCAGAGAGGCACUCCCAUCUUUUAAGUCAGCGAAAUGGAUCAGGCCCAGACCUGACUUCGAAUAACAACCACAUUUGCCUGAAAAACACAGAGACGAAGAAGGUGGAACCUUUGGCGCCAGCACAGGCCCGACUCCAGCUGUUCGCCUUAUACAAUUCGACAGGAGAAGUCAACACGUCUUUGAGGUUCUACUCGCUCAGAGUGCCUUUACGGGUUCAAAAGGAGGCGGGGCUUGUUACAGAUGUCGAUGGGGAUUGGCUGGACCACAUGACUCAGCAUUUUACCAACGGAGCUCGUCUGAUUGACGGAUUUUUUCACCUCAAAGAUGAAAACGAAAAUGGCAUUUCAUCCGUAGACAGUGUGUUCAUUUUCCACAACUCGACAGAAGAGAACACGUGCACCUCCUAUGACGCCAUCGUGGUGGAACAGUGGACGGUCAUCAAUGGUGUGAUGGUGAAGGCGGACUAUGUCCCGCUGCUGCAAUCUUUGGCUCCUUACGGAUGGAGGCUCAUGUGCGUGUUGCCUACACCCAUUGUCAAAAGCAACAGUGACGGGAGUUUGUCGACUAAGCAAAUCCUUUUCCUACAGAGACCCGUUUUGCAACGCAAGAGAAAAGACUUCAAGAUGCUGAACCGCCGAGGUCGCCACAAGACAAAAAAGCACUCGUUUGGUGACAUGCUCGAGGAGGGCGAGGACAGGUCGCUCGUCACUGAGACGGAGAUGGCCAAGUUGAGACACAUAAAAGAGGAUGAACGGACGGAAGGAUGGCGCGACGAGGCCGAAGAGGACGCCAGGGAAAGGGAACUCUCUUUACACUCGGGCAGUCUGGCGUCUGUAGAAGAGGAGACCGAUAUUGAUGAUAUGCUAACAUCCAAGUCUGUGAGGUGGACAGACGUGUGUCAAAGAGACUGCGGAGGAGUCAAAGUCGAGGUAAAGACAGACGAGCGCAUUAAACAUCAACUCUUUUCUGGUGUCUGUUGACGUAUCAAGUGCAAACAGGAGAUGAAAAGACAGCGGAGACGGUAAUGUCUUGUGUGUUCAGUAGGGAUUCAAUCAACACACCUCAACAUUUUAGAACUCUGAGCUGUUCAGAAUCAAUAUUGAGAGAAUAGCUGUGAGCCAUUUUUAGCACAGCGUCAGAAUAAGAUGACAUUCUCAAGGAGUAAACUCUUACAUCAGAAAGUUACACAUCAAAAUUUCAGUUCAACAGUUGUCAGUCUUAGGUGGGUAAUAAGAGUCAAUUUAGAUUUAAUACAAUUUAAUACAUUUAGAUCAACAUUUGAAACCUAAUUAGUUAGAGAAAAUAAAAACUUCAAAAUAAAGACAAUAUACAGUGGUACCUCGACAUACGAUCGCUUUGACACACGAUUUUUUCGACAUAAAAUUUGACUCGCCAUUUGUUUCUACAUCUGACAACAUGGUCAAAAUGCGACGAUUUAUGUCAGAUUUUUUUUUUUCCUGCAAGACGGACGCACGGCAGGUUUUCUUGUGAGAGAAAUCAAAAUGGGUUCCAAGAAUACUAGCGCAGGUGGUGAAAAAAGGAAAAAGGCUACGCUUAAAUUUGAAAUGAAGGUGGAAAUGAUAGAAAUGUGAGCACGGUGUGCGUGUCCGUGAACUGGCUCGACAAUACCGCCGUAGAAUGUCCAUGAUCUUGACGGUCCUAUCCCAACCUCCAUUCGCCAGUCUUUAGAAGUUAAUCUAACAAUUAUUAUUAUUGUACCAUCGCCAAAGAAAUCGCCAGCUUUGUCAGGUUUUUAAUCAUUUACAGUGAUCCCUCGCUUCUUUGCGCUUUAAACUUCAUGCCCUCAGUCCAUUGUGGAUUUUUUUUUAAUUAGAAAAAAAAAAAAGUACAGAUAAGGUGUCCCAAGUCGAUCGCGUAGUCUCACUCUCGCCUCCCUCUCACUGCUCUUUGUUGUUCAGACAAUGCACUGGAGUUGCUUAUUAAACUUAAUGAUGAAUGAUAGAAGUCUUCUGUUUGAUCUUGCCACAGAUCGCUGAAAGCCUUGGCAGCAAAGCGCCGCAUGCGUCAAUCAACUCUUAACUUGUUAAACAGUUGCUGUGGCAACUCGUUGUGUGAAAAUGAGGAGAUGGGGCGGAGUUGAGUGGACUCACUCAAUGAAGCAUUUAAUUAAGACAAGUUUUCUUGUUUAAAAAUAAUAAGGCAGUAACAUGUUUAAAACGUACAAUUAUUACAUUUGAAGUGCUUAAAAACAAUAUAUCAAAAUAUACAUAUGCAUACGUUUUUUUUUUAUUUUAUUUUGGGGAGAAAAAAGUGUAAAACUAUAUCAUAUAAGCAUCUCUUUCCAAUGCUAAAUCUGAUUAAAUUAGUGCUGCAGCGAUUAAUCGAUUAACUCGAGUAUUCGAUUGGAAAAAAAAAUAUUCGAAUUAAUUUUUGCUGCUUCAAAUAUUCGUUUAAUUAUUGUGGCAUUGUCAUGGUUUAUUUUGAAAGUGUUUGCAAUCAGUUUUAUUGAUUUGAGUGGAUACACUGCCCUCUAGUCUUCCUCAUGUCACAUGGCUGAAUCCAUCUGCUCCAUGUUAAGACCAACAUAAGCUAAGUUUUUGUCUGCGCUUUUUAAUGCAUUUCUAAUUUAGUUUAUUGGUAUAUUUAGCCGUUUUUUGUGGGAAUAUGUGUUUGAACCAUUUGUUAAGAGCAUUGUUAAAAAAAAAAGUUAACGUUUUAUAGCAUUUAAGCUAGCGGACUUUUGCUGUGUAAGUUAGCCAAUUGUUCUUUUGUUGUACAUAGAUCCUUUUUUAAUGGUUUUUUUAUACCGUUUGAGGCUCAGCUCAGGUAUUUUAAUUUUUCAUGUUACUUAUCCGAUUACUCGAUUAUUUGACAAACUAGUUCAUCGAUUAAUCGACUACUAAAAUAUUCGAUAGCUGCAGCCCUAGAAUAAAUACAUUAAACACACAAAAACAAGAAAAAAAAAUUCUGGGUCAGGGGGCGCUAUUUCACGGUUUUUCACUUAUCGUGGCGGGUUCUGGUACUCAUUAACCGCUAAAAAGAAGGGAUCGCUGUAUUUCAGAACUUGAGCAACACAACACGCCCACUGUCCGCCGCAGCUGAUAUCAACAACAGAACAUGAAAAGUGAAAGUAUAAAUCAAUGCACCUCUCUUACUCUAUUACGUCAGCCACGCGGUACACCACGCGAAACACAUUCGCCACAUUAGAACCCGAUUCAUUACAUUAUUACAGGUAUUAUUAUUAUUACUAUUAUGAUAUAAUCAUUUCAAAUUGUAUUUAUAGCUGAUUUGUUUUGCUCUGUGUAAUCGCUAUUUGCAAUAGUACCAGCAGUAUUUAUUAAGGAUUUACAUACCAGUGAACCUGAGGCGGUUGGCAAUCUUACCAAUAGUGACGUAUGCCCUUACAAAUUGGUGACUAAUCUUACAACGUUGUAUAUAGCGUUUAAUAUGAAACAAAAAUAAAACUCAAUUUUUCAAAUAAUAUGAAUUUCUUGGUAAUAUUGUAACAUAUAAACUGGUGCAAUCAAAGAACAAUAUCUUCAGCUACAUCAUGAUUACUAAAAUUUAACAGUGACUUUUUUAAUAAUUGUAUGUAGCACUUUUUGGCAAUUUCUAUCAUGUCUUUUGAUGACUGCACUUCAUGGCACUUCAGCUCACAAUUCACUUUGACUUGAAGGUAGUUCGUUAGUGUGUCCAAUUAUAAAUUAAAAAGGUCAACUGAUCAAAUUAACUUACCAAUGCAAUAUUUGAGUCAGGGAACAUUUCUUUUGCUAAUUCUGAGAAGUGAUCAGCAAUAGUUGCGGGCAAAUUGUGUUCGGCAACAAAUUGGAAGAAUAAAAUCUCCGGUUUCGUCACUUUUCAUUCUGCAGACUUCAUCUUAAUGACCAGUGUUGUUAAUCUUACUUUUAAAAUGUAAUUAAUUAGUUACAAAUUACUUCUCCCAAAAAGUAAUUGAGUUAGUAACUCAGUUGCCUGAAUGUAAGAGUAAUUAGUUACUUGGCAAAGUAACUGGUGUUACCUUUCAUGGUUUUUUUUCUUCAUUUUUUCAACAAAAAAAACAUAGUAACCUUUGCUAUGCUUGGAACUCAUUCAAUGUUGUGAAUCAAUCAACCGUUAAAGUUGUUAAAAUUGCACCCGUUUUUGCAUUAGUUCCCUUCUGUCUACUUUCGACAUGUGAAAGUUUUAAAACUGUUUCAUCAUUUAAAGAUAGAUUCAAGUCAAGAUUUUGCCCAUUUAGGAGUAUUUUAGAUAAAAAGUUAGUUAGGUUGGCUAGGGAGGUUAACAACAGAGCUUUUCUGAGAAGACUACUGCUUUAAAAUGGCGGCUGUUUACCAACGCCGAGUCUGUCAUUUCGCAGUUAGUUCUAUAUGCAUGUGAUAUCUAGGCGUAGAUCAGGGGUGUCCAAACUUUUUGCAAAGGGGGCCAGAUUUUGUGUGGUAAAAAUGUGGGGGGCCGACCUUGGCUGACGUGCUUUACGUAGAACAAUAUAUUUAAGCAAAUUUUAGCAAGCCAUUCAGUGUGGCACAUUUGCUUUAUUAUUCUUUUUAAAUCAAUAAUUAAAUAAUCUUGCAACUAGCCUUUGUGGCAUUCUCUUUCGACUCUCGGGCAUUUGCGAAAUACUGCUGCUGUGAAAUUAAACUAGCUUCAAGUUGCUUCAAUCUCUCGCUACGUAUCUUCCCUCUAAUCUUGUCGUACAUGUCAGAUAGUCUUGUUUGGUAAUAUCGCUUAACAUUGAAAUCUUUAAAAACAGCGACUGUCUCUUUGCAAAUGAGGCAGACACAGUUGUUGCGUAUUUUAGUGAAGAAAUACUCCAAUUUCCACCUAUCCUUGAAGCGUCGGCCGUCACAGUCAACUUUCUUUUUUUUUUUUUUUUUUUUGUCGCCAUUUUAGAAAAUGGAAGUAAUGGGUCACACGGGGUAAUGUUGCUUAGCCCUUAGGUACCUGCAACAUGAAGCAAUUAUCAGAGAAUCCCAAAAUUUGAAAAAUAAGGUCCUAAUGAAACCUUUUUCAAAUUUGUAAAAAGAAAAGUCAAAAUGAAUAUGUGUAAUAAGCGCUCUAAUAUCUAUAACCCAUGCUAAAUCAUGUUUUUUUUUUCUCAGGGAACCUGCAGAUGCGUGUGUUGACUUGCAUCCAUCAUUAUUAUUAUUAUUUUUUUUUAAGAAAUGUCAAAAUUCUAAAUCAGUCUCAAAAUCAUUACAUUUUAGGUGUAUCAAAUGUGAUACAUUUGGCAAUAAAGGGUUAAAGUGCUGCUGCCUUUUAGUGGGUAAAUGAGGAGCAGCAUUUUGUGAGCAAGCUACUUCAUAUGCUGGUUGCAGUACUGCUGACCAAUUUGUUAAGUCUGUGUGCGGGCCAGACAUUAUUGAUUUUAUGACAAAGGCUUGGGGCCGGAUGAAAUAUGACCACGGGCUGCAUUUGGCCCCCGGGCCGGACUUUGAACAUGUCUGGCGUAGAUUGUAGGCUGUCGGCUACAGUCAGGAAAUAUUGGAGCCACCUAGCCGAGCAUCGCGUUUGCUACAGCGUCACAACAAAUACUUUUCUCUGUCCGUGUCUGACUUUUCUCGCGUCAUUUAACCAACGUAACGCAUAGUAACACAGUCUCGUUGCCGAAAUGGUGACACAAUCCGAACGGAGAAAAAAAACGUAAUGCACGAAAAACGUAAUUUUAAACGUACGGCGUACACAUUUAAAAAUUAGUGCUCACAUGUAGAAGUUACGCCGAAAACGUACAACUUGACAGGUAUGGAUUUAAUGUAGGUUUUCGGGCUGAGGAACGAGUUCAUGGAAUUAUAUUGUAUUCUAAUGGGAAAAUCCUGCUUGACAUACGACCAUUUCGACUUACAAACAAGGUCCUGGAACGAAUUAACUUCGUAUGUAGAGGUACUACUCUACUUUUAGGAAUAAGUGAAUACGUUACUAGAAUUUAGAACCCACCAACGGUGGCAUGUAGACUAAUCAGUGUACUUACCGACCACUUUAUUAGGUUUAUCUGGACUAGAUGUUGACAUCCAAUCUGCAAUUACCGUCCCACAAUCAGCUGACAUUGAUUGAUUGCGAAAGAUCACUGCCAGCCCUCCCAGUCAAAAUGGAUUGGACGUCUAUCGCCGUCAGUGAGCUAAAGUUACCAAUGAGUCAAUUGGUUCUGGAAUCAUGUAAGUGUGCCUAAUAUUGUGACAAGCUCUUAUGUUCCGUUUUUGACAUUUUAGCCCUAGAACUACGUUUGUGCACUUUGCUGCUGUUUGAUAAUGGACGUGCUUACAUGAAAUUAGCUUUUUAUCUGCUAAGUAUCUUGCUGCCAACUUUGCUACUGUUCCACAUGGACGUAUGUAAAUUAGUCUUGUGCACUACUAUACGAUGACACAUUAGCCAAAUGUAAAAAGCAAAAAAGUACUUGUGUUACUGUGGAAGAUGGGUGUAUUUGAGUAAAUUAAGGAAUUGUGUACAGUGCUAUUUAUUUUCUUCACCACAUGUGUAACAUGUAAGAACUGAGGCUGAAGUAAAUUUUGCGUUUCCACACUGUUCUCCGUCAUUUAUUUCAUUCAAUCACAUUUCAGCGUAGAACAUUUCCCUGGUGGAACAAUUCAAAUGAAUCGACAAUGGCACCCCCGCCGAGAGACGCCCACGACGUUCUCGGCGGGAGGUUUCGGGGAUGCGGACCAAUCAGGGGCCGUCUGGAGGUUCCAUCAGUUACGCUGAGGGUUUCUCACCGAGCAGUGUUAUACCGCGACUGAAAUAGUGUGCAUAACCUAAUGAGUGCAAGUCAAAACACAGAAAAUUGGUCGGAAACAUUUUACUCUGUGGUGUAAAAUGUAUAUGAGCACUCAACCAAAUAAAUUGAAAAUAAAUCAAUAAAUAUAGAGUGACUAAGAACAUGUUACAUCUUCACAGAUCAAAUGAAAUGAAAGUCCGGUCAGUUCUUGCGGGUCAAUGCAAGUUCCAGCAGCUGUUAUCUUUCCACUCCCACCACAAAAACACAUCAAGAAGCUCCCAGGAAACAAUACGAUGGCAUCCUGAGAGUGGGAGGAGCAGCUACCACCACUUCUCAAAGAGAAUUCUGUCCUGCGGUAAGCCGAGGCCCAAUAAGAUUUGGGAAACUGCCUCGAUCAUGGGCGGAGGUCCGCAUAGGUAACACAAAGUCCUUUGUGGGUCGACGUGAGUCUCCAGCUCGGGCUCGCCGAUUCUUCGACCUGGACACAGGUGAUGGUUUUGAAUUUUUUUUUUAAAUUUAAGUGUAUGUACAGUGGGGCAAAUAGUAUUUAGUCAACCACUAAUUGUGCAA